CUGCCUGCAGAGAGCCCUGCACUGAGAGCUGGAUGGGAACAGACCAUGUGCAGACAGCGCAACCUACAGGGACUACCACAAGCGGACGCCUGGGACUGGCAAACUACCAGGGACCUAGGCAGGUGGCAUCUGACCACAGGGGUUGGCUACUAAUACACCAGAGACCAAGAAAGUGGGCAUCUUACUGCAGGGACUGGCUACUGGUAUAUCAGGGACCAAGGCAGAGGGUGUCUAAGUACAAGGACUGACUACUGAUACAACAAGGACCAGGGCAGAGGACCUAUGACUGCAAGGACUGGCUACUGAUACAACAGGGACCAGAGCAGAGGACCUAUGACUGCAAGGACUGGCUACUGAUACAUCAAGGACCAGGGCAGAGGUCCUAUGACUGCAAGGACUGGCUACUGAUACAUCAAGGACCAGAGCAGAGGUCCUAUGACUGCAAGGACUGACUACUGAUACAUCAGGGGCCAGGGCAGAGGACCUAUGACUGCAAGGACUGGCUACUGAUACAUCAAGGACCAGGGCAGAGGACCUAUGACUGCAAGGACUGGCUACUGAAACAUCAAGGACCAGGGCAGAGGACCUAUGACUGCAAGGACUGGCUACUGAUACAUCAAGGACCAAUACUUGAGAGGGCAACACAGGGACUGACUGUUUUACAAUCAGGGAUCAGAUCUACGGGCAUCUGGCUGCAAUCAGAGAUCUGCAGGGACUUCAUCUGGGACUCCUCAGCAGUGGGACACCAGGAUCCCGACAAUGUGGCCUUACAGUUGGAGUCUCGGACGAUAGCAGACCUUGCUACAACAUAACUCACCACAGCCCCUUGCUCCUAGCUCGUUAUUGGAGUAUGAGAGUGGAACCAUGCUAGCCAGAAAGAGCAUCAUACCGGAGGAAUAUGUCCUGGCCAGGAUUGCCGCAGAGAAUCUGCGAAAACCAAGGAUCCGAGACCGUCUGCGGAAAGCUCGUUUUGUGGCCAAGAACGGAGCAUGCAACGUUGCGCACAAAAAUAUACGGGAACAAGGUCGUUUCUUGCAGGAUGUAUUCACCACCCUGGUGGACCUGAAGUGGCGGCACACUCUAGUCAUCUUCACCAUGUCCUUCCUGUGCAGCUGGCUGCUCUUUGCCAUGAUGUGGUGGCUGGUGGCAUUUGCCCAUGGGGACAUGGACAUCAGGGAGAACUUAAGAUAUCAGGAGCCGUGUGUGGCCAACGUCAAGUCAUUCACAGCCGCCUUCCUCUUCUCCAUCGAGGUACAAGUCACUAUCGGGUUCGGGGGGCGAAUGAUGACAGAAGAGUGCCCCCUGGCCAUAACCCUCCUCAUUAUGCAGAACAUUGUGGGACUGAUUGUGAACGCCGUCAUGCUGGGCUGUAUCUUCAUGAAAACGGCUCAGUCCCACCGCCGAGCAGAGACCUUGAUCUUCAGCCGUCACGCCGUCAUAGCCGUGAGGAACGGGAAGCUUUGUCUCAUGUUUCGGGUCGGGGACCUGCGUAAGAGCAUGAUUAUCAGCGCCUCAGUGAGGAUGCAGGUGAUAAGGAAAACCAUCACGCCAGAAGGCGAGAUCAUUCCUAGUCAUCAAAUAGACGUUCCCGUGGACAACCCGAUUGACAGCAACAACAUAUUCCUGGUGGCCCCCUUGAUUAUUUCUCACGUGAUAGACAAGAGAAGUCCACUGUAUGACAUUUCUGCAUCAGACCUGUCCAGUCAGGAUCUGGAGCUUAUCGUUUUAUUAGAGGGUGUUGUGGAGACCACGGGAAUCACAACCCAGGCUCGGACCUCCUACGUCACGGAGGAGAUCCUUUGGGGUCACCGCUUUGUGUCCGUUGUCUCGGAGGAGGAAGGGGUAUACUCAGUAGACUACUCCAAGUUCGGCAACACAAUUAAAGUGGCCACGCCGUAUUGCAGCGCCAGGGAGCUUGACGAGAAGCCGUCCAUUCUGAUCCAAACUCUCCAGAAGAGCGAGCUGUCUCAUCAGAACUCUCUGCGGAAACGCAAUUCCAUGCGGAGAAACAACUCAAUGCGGAAGACCAACUCCAUGAGACGGAACAACUCCGGACUCAUCCUGCCCAAAGUCCAGUUCAUGGCUCCAGAACAGAACAAAGGCAUGGCGGAAACAUGACAGACACUUCCCAUGGACUUAAUUGACUUUCCGAUUGUAGAAAUGUGUUACAAAUAUUUAUUGCCUUGUAUACAACACCUACUGCUUCUUCUAGAAUUAGCUCAUUUUACCCUCCUGAGCACAAUAAAACGUUUGCCCCAGA